AUGGGAUUGUUCAGUCGUCUUCCAUUCUCUGCCACCAAGAAGAGCUGCAGUCUUAACUCUGGAUCCACCUCAACUGUUUCGACUACUUCGAGUGAUUUAGUACUGCCAACGAAAAGAACCAAGUUUUGCGAAAAUGGUACUUUUAGUACCUAUUCGCCCCCUAAAAGAGAAAAGAAGAGUAAGAAGCAGAUGCAGAAGGAAGCUGCAGCAGAAGAAGCCGAGAAGAAACGACUACUAAAACUCUACGUUCUUGAACAGAGUCUUGUCAAUGUAAGUUUUAAGCAGUAUCUAGAUAAAAAGCUUUUUUAAACCCUCCUCAUACUAAAAAUGUAAAAUUUGUCAUUUUAUUACUACUUUUAUUAAAAAACUGUAAUGUGUAAUAUUGUAGGAACGCGUCAAAAAACAAAAACUGCAACAAGACCUUCAGCUCAUGCACAAUUAUAACCAACAGAUGAUUCAGUACAUCAAAACCUUAGAACAAGUAAGUUACUACUUUAUAUUGGUUAAUAUAGUCUAUAAAAAUGCUUAAAAAUAUCGCUAUACAGUGUUUCGACACAUUUUUAACAUGAAAAACCGUUAAAAAAUUUAAAAAAAAAACCUAAAAAUUACCUUUUUUCUUUGUCAUAACACCGGAUUACCGUAGUUCAAAGCAACUUUGUUGUAAACCUUAUCCGCUUUUACUACCAUUACAUUAACAGCUUAUGUGUGCAAUUACAUUGAUUACUUUCAGCACAACAUGGAAGGCCACAUGAAACUGCCCCAGAAGAGGAAGAACAACAACAAACAAGUCCACUUCCGAGAGACUGUGAUCGUCAAGUACUACGACCUUGACUAA